GGAAACGUUACUCAAUCAAGGGCCAGUCAGUUCACUACAUAAACUGGGACUUUCAGUUUGGGGUAUCACCUACUCAUGGUCCUCAGCUUUUCCAAAUAAAGUUCAAAAACGAAAUGAUAGUUUACCAGUUAGGUCUUUCAGAAAUGACAGUUUUCUAUUCUUCAUCGGAACCAUUUGGUAGAUUUGCUAACUAUUUUGACAGCAUUGGUUUGAUUGGAAACAGAAUUCAGACAUUAGUUCCAGGUGUUGAUUGCCCAUCUCACGCAACUUUUGCCGAUUCAAGGUUUAUGUCGGAAACUUCAGAUAUACCAGUCAUAAAAAGGAACUCUAUUUGCGUAUUCGAACACAAUACUGGUAUCCCACUCAGACGACAUUAUGUUGCAGACGACUACCCAUCUGGCUAUUACGAAGGUGCACCUAAAAAUGUACUUGUUCUCCGAAUGAUAUCUACUCUUGGAAACUAUGACUAUAUCUAUGACUUUAUGUUCUACAACAAUGGCGCCAUGGAAAGUAAAGUAACGACAUCAGGGAUUGUUUCGCCGUCUUACGUCCAAGACAGCUGUAAAUAUGGCUUCCAGAUAAACACACAAGCUACUGGCAUUCUUCAUCAUCACAUGUUUAAUUUUAAGGUUGAUCUUGACAUUGGAGGCACUAAAAAUAGCUAUUCUACUUACGAUAUACGAAAAGAAAAAGUGCCAAAUCAAUUCUUAAAAGGGAGAUAUCCCAAAAAAUGGUUCCAAACUAAAAUUGUAAAAGUAAAUUAUGCCACGGAGAGAGAGGCCGCUUUCAAAUAUAAUUUUAGCCAACCCCGAUAUCAUGUUUUUUACAAUGAAGAAAACAAAGAUAAAUUUGGAAAUCCUAAAGCGUAUCGGCUUUUAUUAAGAGGAAUGUCCAAGAAUCUGUUCCGAGAAGAAGUAGGAAAUAAACCGGGAGCAUCAUUGAUGAGGUAUCAAUUGGCAGUCACAAAGAGAAAAGAAUCUGAACAAUAUAGUAGCUCUAAAUACUCUACCUUUGAUGGAGAGGACCGAGUUGUAAAUUUUGAAAACUUAAUAGGAGAUGAACCAUUUCUACAAGAGGACCUUGUUGCAUGGGUCACCUUAGGUAUCCAUCACAUACCCCAUACGUCAGAAACACCCAUUAUGCAAACUGUCGGCGGUGACGUCAGCUUAUUCCUUCUGCUUUGAAUUAUUUUCCUGAAGAUCCAAGUUUGGGAAUUCGUGACAGCGUUGGAAUUUAUUACAAUGAUCCAAAGGGUCCUAUGAAAGUUCUCUCAAGCAUGGAUGGGGUUGAUUGUGUACAGAGGCCUACUUACACAGUAGAGGACCUUGCAGCAAAUCCUAAAAACUUCUUACCUCGACCUAAAUCUGAGAAGUGACCAUACAAAAAUGAGACGAAAAUGAGACAAACAAUAUGUUUUCUUUGUAAAAUCAGGAAUCUUAAGAAUUAUUGAAGGGCAAAGUAUGACAGCCGAAUUUAAUUUGCUUCUACUAGUGCAUAAAAUAAAUAAAUUUGCUAGAUAGACAAAUUUUUGACCUGUGUUUUCUAAAACAAAAUGAGCUUUUGAUGUAAUGAAAAAUUUGCAUAAAAAAUAAAAAAUGGACAU